AUGAAUCGUAAAGUCAACAAAGGUUGUUCUACACGUGAAAUCUGCAGAGACUCGUACAGAUGCAAUUGCACGGGAAUAAAAGGUAUGCCGGGCUUUCCGGGAAUCUCUGGACCACAGGGACCGGAAGGGCUUCCGGGAGACAUUGGACCUGACGGACCCCCAGGACCAACGGGUGAGAAAGGUGCUGGCGGAGAAUAUGGCGGUACCGGAGAAAAGGGCUACAGGGGUGACCAAGGCAUACAAGGCUUUCCCGGAGCUCCAGGACUAUCGGGUAACCCUGGUGUAGCCGGUGUAAUGGGACCGGACGGUCUGGAUGGUUGCAACGGGACCGAUGGACGUGCCGGUGCACCAGGAAUGCCGGGUAUCUAUGGUGAACGUGGUCCUCCGGGUCCCGUAGGUGAUUACGGACCAACUGGCGAACCCGGUGACGGAGGUAUCAAUUCUAUCGGUGUGAAAGGUAUCCGUGGUAAUCCAGGUGUCAAUGGACCUGAGGGUUACCUAGGACCGCCCGGGAUUCCCGGUGAAAUGGGCUAUCCAGGAGGGACAGGCGACAUGGGUUACCCAGGUCCCCCCGGUUUGCCAGGUCUGCAAGGUGAACCCGGUCAGAGUGUGUACGGUGAAAAAGGCUUGCCAGGUGAACAAGGAGACAGGGGUGAACCUGGACCGCCUAGUAACCGUGUAUACAAGAAAAAGACAGGGGUCAUUGCGUUGAAAGGCCUUAAAGGUUUCAAAGGGAUACAUGGCGAUUAUGGAGAACACGGAACGAAGGGAGAAUGGGGUGAAAAAGGAUUACCGGGUCGUCCAGGGUUCCUGGGUAUUAAAGGCAUGAAAGGAGAGCAAGGUGAUGACGGACCAAGAGGUAAACAGGGCGCGGAAGGUCCGCUUGGACCUCCCGGUCCAAAAGGAGAAAAAGGUGCUCCAGGUUACGCUGGAAAUGUUGGACUACCAGGAUCUGAUGGGGAGCCUGGAGAUGCAGGAAAUCAAGGAGCCCCCGGUAAACAAGGAGCAGCUGGAGAACCCGGAAAAUAUAUACCAGAACUCGACGAAAUAAUUCAAGGAAAUGUUGGAAUCCAGGGAGAUGUAGGUCCACCCGGUCUAUCAGGCCAUCCAGGCACUCCCGGUUCACCUGGAAAAGUAGGUUACAUCGGACCACCUGGUCCUCCAGGACCCGCCGGUAAUCCUGGUUUGCCAGGGGUAAAAGGAUCUUCCGUGAAAGGAGAGCCAGGAUCUGAUGGUCUUCCUGGAGAUAUAGGUUUGCAGGGACCGUCUGGUUUGGAAGGUCCACCUGGAGAAGUUGGACCGAAAGGAUUCCCCGGCGUAUCGAUUAUUGGUCCCCCAGGUUUAGACGGUAAACCUGGAAUACCUGGUCUUUUAGGCGCACCAGGAGAUCGCGGUGACCCUGGUCCUGCUGGCCUAAAGGGUUUCCCCGGUAAAGGCAUCAGAAUCCGUGGUCCACCCGGUGAACGUGGAUUGCCAGGAUCGCCAGGAUUCCCGGGUCCACACGGAUGGCCCGGUAUUCCAGGUCUCAAAGGUUUAAAAGGACUGAGGGGUGAUGAUUGUGGCGUUUGUGCACCAGGAUUGCCUGGUGAAAAGGGUGAACGCGGUGACGCUGGACUGGACGGGCAUCACGGAGCGCCAGGGUACCCUGGAAUGCAUGGACAACGUGGAGAAAAAGGAAGGCAAGGAAAACCUGGUAUUGUUGGACCUAGAGGAUUGGAAGGUGAUAGCGGAAGACCAGGAAUAGCUGGAUCUCAAGGACCAAAAGGCGAAAAAGGACGACUUAUAGUGCCGGGAAAUUUAAUCGGACAACCUGGCGAUUUUGGUGACAAAGGUUUUCCCGGUCCGGAAGGACCAAGGGGUUUAAAAGGCAAAGUUGGCAUAAGUGGUGAUGCGGGCCCGCCAGGUCCCAAGGGAGAAAAGGGUGAUCAUGGUAUGCCAGGAAUCCCUGGCAGAGACGGUCUUCCAGGUUUGGACGGCAUACCUGGUGAAAAAGGUGACGACGCGCAGAUACCAAUGGAAUAUUUGAAAGGAGAUCCAGGAUUCCCGGGCAUUCCGGGAUUUAAGGGCGCGCUAGGUGAAAAAGGAAGCAAAGGUCUACCCGGAGCAGCCUCUUCGGAACACGAUAUAGACAUAACGGGAGACAAAGGAUUCAAAGGAGAAGUCGGUUUCCCAGGAGAGGACGGUGCAAAAGGUGCUCAAGGACGAGCAGGUGACGAGGGAUACGCGGGCCCUCCAGGAUAUCCUGGAUCUCCGGGUAUAUCACUUCAAGGUUCCAAAGGAUUAAAGGGAUACCCCGGAAUGCCAGGAGAUCAAGGACCACGUGGUACACCAGGUACACCAGGAUCACAAGGACCUGUUGGUUUUCCAGGUCGCGUAGGUAACAAAGGUGAUCGGGGUGAUAUAGGCACAAAUCAGACGUACGGUGACAUCGGAGAACAAGGUGCAUGGGGUCAAAAGGGAGAGAUCGGAGAUCCUGGUCCAAUGGGCUUUCGCGGUAGGCCCGGAAUAGAGGGAUCGAAAGGCGUCAUAGGUAGCAAAGGAGCUCCCGGUUUAGCCGGUUUGCCUGGUCUUCAGGGAGCUAAAGGUCAGCGAGGAGACAGUGUACAAGGUACUCGAGGUAUCCCGGGAAUACCUGGUCAACCUGGAAUGCCUGGCAGAAUUGGAGAAAUUGGUAUUCGAGGACCCGAUGGGCCACCUGGAUUCGAUGGAAUGAAGGGUUUGAAAGGAGAAGUCGGUUUCAUUGGACGCAGAGGCGACGAUGGUGAAGCUGGUCCAGUAGGAUACCCGGGAAGAGAUGGCAUGCCAGGCCCACCAGGUCCUCCAGGUAUUGAUGGUGAUCUUGGUGAAUUCGGUGAACCUGGUCCUCCUGGCUGGCCUGGACAAGAAGGACUUCCAGGACUGCCUGGCAACAAAGGAGAGUCUGGAGACACUGGACCAUCGGGUAUACCCGGUAUUAUGGGUUUACCCGGAUUUAAAGGCGCGUUUGGUGACAUUGGUCCAGAUGGACCUGAUGGACCUCCAGGUGAAAACGCUUUUAGCGGACCACAAGGUGAUAUUGGUGAACCUGGUUUUAUGGGAGAAAUUGGAGCUCCCGGAAUAUCUGGCGUUGAUGGUCGACCUGGUUUACCCGGUGAACCAGGCUUUGCUCUCGAUGGUUUCAAUGGUCCGCAGGGACAAAAAGGUGAGCCAGGUUACGAUGGAUUCCCCGGAUUGCCCGGACCAAAGGGAGAAAUUGGUGAUAUGGGACCGGAUGGUUUCAAAGGCCCAAUGGGAGACUGGGGAUUCCAGGGAAGACCUGGAGCACCUGGUAUCCAUGGUCUAAAUGGUGUAAAAGGUGGACGUGGUCCAUCUGGACCGCCCGGUCCAGCAGGCUUUAGGGGCAAACCGGGACUGGCUGGUGAUCCAGGACAAAUGGGUUUACCAGGAAUGCCCGGUGAAGUAGGUCCCCGAGGUAUGCCUGGUUUGAUGGGUUCACCCGGACAGAAGGGGUACACGGGUGAACCAGGCUUCCCAUCAUUCGCUGAAGCAGAAAAAGGUGACUUUGGAAAUCCUGGUCUUGAUGGCCUUCAAGGUCCAAAAGGAGAGACAGGUGACGAAGGAUACAUAGGAGUAUCUGGUCGAAAGGGUGAAAGAGGUGAUGUAGGGUUCUAUGGGCCCGAUGGAUUCCCAGGAUUAUCGGGAUUGCCAGGUCUCCCUGGUAACCGAGGACCUCCAGGUUUACCAGGAUUAGAUGGAGGAUACGCUGAGCCAGGCGAAGAUGGACGACCCGGAUUGGAUGGUACACCUGGCACCCCAGGUAUCCCUGGACAAAAGGGCGCUCCUGGAGAAUAUGGACCAAACGGUCCCAAAGGAAUUCGUGGAGAGCCCGGUUUCAGUUUCCGUGGCCCGAAAGGACUUCCUGGAAAUCAAGGUCCAAAAGGUUUCGCGGGUUAUCCUGGAGCUCCAGGUUUGCAAGGAUUACCAACCCUCCCUGGACUACCAGGGCGAAAAGGAUAUCCAGGAGACACCGGUUUACCUGGUAUCACUAUCAAAGGACAGUCUGGAGAACCAGGAUUGCCCGGAGUUAAUGGAAGAUUAGGACGCAAAGGUGAAAGGGGUGAUUCAGGUCUCCCUGGAUUUAUGGGGCUGCCCGGAGUCAAAGGAGAACGUGGUGAUCAUGGAGAACCUGGUUUACCUGGACUGGACGGACCUUCAGGCCCACAAGGACCAAAAGGAGAUCGCGGUAUAAAUCCAUUCUCGCCAAUUCCCAGAAAAGGAAUGCCCGGUGAUAUAGGACCCAUAGGAUUACCAGGUUUCCCUGGGCUGCAAGGAAUAUUGGGUGAACCUGGUAGAGACGGAUUUCCUGGAAGGCCAGGAGAAGAAGGAAUGAUGGGUUUACCAGGACCUCAAGGACCAGAAGGUAAAGAAGGUCCUGAAGGUUAUCCUGGUCUUCCUGGUCCAGUUGGUCGACAAGGACUUCCAGGAUAUCCUGGGGUAGCAGGACUUCCAGCGGCUCCGGGUCCAGGUCCACGAAACAGAGGUUUCCAUUUUGCUCGACACUCGCAAUCCGAAAUGAUACCCAUGUGUCCGAAGAACACGGUGAAACUCUGGGACGGUUUCUCGCUAUUGCACAUAAUGGGCAAUGGACAUGCAUACGGACAAGAUCUUGGUGCCGCGGGCAGCUGUGUCAGAAAAUUCUCCACCAUGCCUUUCAUGUUCUGCAACAUUAACAACGUGUGCGAUUACGCGAACCGUAAUGACUACAGCUACUGGUUAAGUACCACAGAACCCAUGCCUAUGUCUAUGGCGCCAAUACCUUCACCGGAAGUCGGAAGAUACAUCUCCAGGUGCUCCGUUUGCGAAGCACCGACUCGAAUGAUCGCAGUGCACAGCCAGACUAUGUCUAUACCCGAAUGUCCGGGUGGUUGGGAAGAAGCUUGGAUUGGUUACAGUUUCCUCAUGCACCGUGAUGCGGGCGCAGAAGGAGGCGGUCAGUCGCUGAUCUCGCCCGGCUCCUGUCUCGAAGAGUUCCGCGCGAGACCGUUCAUCGAGUGCCGCGGUCUCGGCACUUGCAACUACUUCUCCACUGCCACGUCCUACUGGCUGGCAACGAUCGAGGACUACGAGAUGUUCCGCAAGCCGGCACAGCAGACCCUGAAAGCGGACCACACGUCGCGAGUGAGUCGCUGCGCGGUCUGUCUUCGCCGUCGCGUCAUGGAGAAUCCGCACGCCAGAACGCUGCCACCUUACUUGCUGAACGGCCAGAGGGAGAGUCCCGGUAACAUUCAAUAUCCUCCGCAGCAUUACACGAACUACCCGGGUCGCCAAAGGCAACACGCACCUGGCAGAGGAAGAAACCCGAACAGACGCGUGCCCCCUCAUUACCAGAGGAGGGGCAGAAGCCGCAGACCGGAAAGGAUAUCGCAAAUCCCAGAAAAGUAAACCCCAGUGACAUAGAGGUCAGCGUUUUGUACGUGUAUUAAACGAAUUCGUGCACCCUACGCUACAACGUACAUCAAUACAUUUGAAACCGGUGG